UGUCGUCCCUGUGUUGACAGCUGUCGGAAACGGCUUCAUUGCGGAAGACGCACAAACCAUAGAGGACCAGAUGCAGUUGCCUGUGCAGACGGCCCUACUGGAUGAUCUCCAACGGGGAGCCGAUGAGGAGGCGGAGGCUGUGUUGGUAGCCCUGGAGGCCCAGGAGGAUCUUGGCUCUGGAGAAGAUCUCCUCACCGCCCUCGAGCCUCAACCAGAACCUGUCAGCCCUCUAGAGCCGACUCCAAAGGCUGGCUCUCUAGCUGAAGUUGCUACCGUGUCCCUGCAGCCUGUGGAGGAAGCUGUGCAUGUAGGAAGUGUAGUGCCUGAGGCUGCUGCGGAGGACCGAGUCCUUGUGGAGGCAUCAGAGGAAGUCCCUGCAGUUGAAGCCGUCGCGCAGACUGAGGCCCCUGCAGUUGAAGCCGUCGCGCAGACUGAGGCCCCUGCAGUUGAAGCCGUCGCGCAGACUGAGGCCCCUGCAGUUGAAGCCGUCGCGCAGACUGAGGCCCCUGCAGUUGAAGCCGUCGCGCAGACUGAGGCCCCUGCAGUUGAAGCCGUCGCGCAGACUGAGGCCCCUGCAGUUGAAGCCGUCGCGCAGACUGAGGCCCCUGCAGUUGAAGCCGUCGCGCAGACUGAGGCCCCUGCAGUUGAAGCCGUCGCGCAGACUGAGGCCCCUGCUGUUGAAGCCGUCGCGCAGACUGAGGCCCCUGCAGUUGAAGCCGUCGCGCAGACUGAGGCCCCUGCAGUUGAAGACGUUGUGCAGACUGAGGCCCCUGAUCGUGAAGACGUUGUGCAGACCUCCCCUGAGGCCGCCGCCCCUUUUGCUCAACUGGUUAUAUCUGAGCCAAGGGAGGCUUCAGCGAUUCUGGAAGAGGUGGCGACUGGGGCGGCCAAGAAUCCCGCUGAAGUACUCGCUCCUUUGGAGGCUGAUGCACCAGCCAAUGUCUCUACAGCGCCUUGUGAAGCUUUGGCACCAGCACCAAGUGAGGCUUCUGCAGCAGGUGAUGCUGCUGUUCCAAUUGAAGGUGUGGCAGCAGGUGAUGCUGCAGCUCUGGGUGACGGUGCAGCAGGAGGUGACGCUGCAGCUCCGGGCGAAAGUGCACUACCUGAAAAAGCUGAAUCCUCAGCCCCAGUAGAGGCAGCACAGCUUCUGAUAGAUACAAAGAUUGCUGCAGCAACUAUUCCAGAGUUGCCUCCAUUGUCUCCAGCCACCGCACCUCCUGCAGCCUCAGCAGAGAGCGCCCCACUAGCAGAACCCUCAUGCUCUGCUGAAGCCGUGUCUGCUCCAGCUCUAGGGGCUGAAUCUGCUGCUGUUGCGAUCCAGGACGCCCAAGUUCCAAAAGCUUCAGUGGAAACUGCAACCUCAGAGCCUGCAGCAGACUGUGCAGCCUCAGCGGAGGCUCCCGUGGUGGAGUCCACCCCAGCUGAAGCACCUUCAGCACCUGAGCCUUCACCUAAAGCAUUUCCGAAGAACAGAUCAGACCCACAGCGCGAAGCCAUGCUCCUACCAUCCCACAGAUGUGUGUUACGUGUCAGGCUGGGGCAAGACACCUUUCCCCCAUCCUGCCUGUGGAUUUCUCUUGGCUUGGUCUCUGUCCUGUUCCAGGUGCAAUCAAGGUGGAACUGCACUGUUUUGCAAACGGCAUGUUUUAAUAUGCCGUGGGACAUGCCGAAACUGUAAAUAAAGGCACUAUUUUCCAUACUGUCA